AUGUCCAGCCCAGUGCUGCUAGGGACCUACCGUAGUAGUCCCGGCAUCCCUCCAACCUCCUCUCGUUCGAACACACCAAUCUUUGAAAGCAAAGAGGCCCAAACACCAGCACGACUAAACUUCCACCAACGCCUUCGACAUUUUACAUGGGCCUGGUACACACUCACCAUGAGCACCGGCGGCCUAGCUCUCCUGCUUGCUGCCCAACCCAACCAGUUCAAAGGUCUCCCGGAGAUUGGCCUGACAGUCUACAUAAUCAACCUUGUUCUCUUCGCUCUAGUCUGCUCUCUGAUGGCAGCACGGUUUUUGAUCCAUGGCGGAUUCCUCAAAUCCCUCUACCACGACCGUGAGGGUCUUUUCUUCCCUACAUUCUGGCUUUCAACCGCAACCUUAAUCACAGGCCUGGAAAGGUACUUCGGUGAUGAUCCAGACCCGGCAUUUUCACUGACCCUUGAAAUCCUCUUUUGGGUAUACUGCGUCUGCACCUUCGCUCUUGCCGUGGUCCAGUACUCCUUCGUCUUUACCUCAGUCACCUACCGUCUCCAAACAAUGAUGCCCUCGUGGAUCUUACCCGCCUUCCCCAUCAUGCUAAGCGGUACCAUCGCAUCCGUAAUUGUCGAGAGACAACCAUCCCGCUCUUCCAUUCCCAUCGUCACAGCAGGGAUGACUUUCCAGGGUCUCGGAUUCUCCCUCAGCUUCAUGAUGUACGCCCAUUACAUCGGCCGUCUAAUGGAAUCAGGUCUGCCAAGCCGCGAACACAGACCGGGGAUGUUCAUCUGUGUCGGACCACCGGCUUUCACGGCCCUGGCUCUCAUCGGCAUGGCCAAGGGCCUACCGGAGGAGUUCAGGGUCAUGGACAGAGAGAAUGCCGCGGUUGACGGUCGCGUGCUGGAAAUCAUUGCUCUGGCAGCGGGAGCAUUCCUGUGGGCUCUUAGUUUCUGGUUCUUCUGUAUCGCUCUCCUCGCUGUGCUGAGGGCUCCGCCGAGGGCGUUUCACCUUAGUUGGUGGGCUAUGGUUUUUCCAAAUACGGGGUUCACUAUUGCUACGAUUACUCUCGGGAAUGCCCUUGGCAGCUCUGGUAUCAAAGGAGUAGGAUCUGCGCUGUCCAUAUGUGUUAUCUGUAUGUGGAUGUUUGUGUUUGUCUCUCAUGUUCGUGCUGUUUAUAGGCAGGAUAUCAUGUAUCCUGGGAAGGACGAAGAUGUUUCGGAGUGA